AUGGCUACUGGAGGAAUGCAGGCCGCCAUCGAGCCGUUUAGCGGCAAGAACUGGUCAUCCUGGAUCCAGCGCCUGAACUUCUACUUCGUGGCGAACGACGUCUGCGACGAACAAAAGAAGCGCGCGCUCCUCCUGACGCUAUGCGGAGCCGACACCUUUGAAACUGCCUGCGCUCUGGUCGCGCCGAAGACUCCUGGAGAGGUGGGCUAUGCCGACAUAGUUGCCCUUCUGCAGAAGCACUUCGAUCCACGACCGUCUGAGUUGUACAGCCGGUACGUGUUCCAGCGACGCGAUCAGCGGCCGGAAGAGUCGAUCAGCAACUACGUUGCAGCUCUCAGAAGCUUGUCAGCUGACUGCAACUUCGGAGUGCCAGCGACAACGUCUGUUACAUCGACGCCACCGGCAGAAGGCCACGCAGCCGUUCUGGCGAACCCCACCAUGCUGCCCCAAGAUGUGAUGCUUCGCGACAGGUUCGUGUGCGGCAUCCGCGACGAGCAUCUGCAGCAGCGACUGUUCGCGGAGAAAGACUUGACUUUUCAACGCGCGUUGGACUUGGCACUGUCGUCCGAAAGUGCGUCGAAGCAGCAACGAGGACUUAAGGGAGCGACGAGCUCCGUGGAGGUGCACAAGACUUCGCAGUCUAAAAAGGAAAGCAAAUAUUCGGCUCAGCAACGGCGCUGCUAUCGAUGCGACGGCUGGCACGAGGCUGACACCUGCAAAUUCAGGACAGCGCAAUGCCGUUUUUGUUCCAAAAAGGGUCACAUCGAGAACGCCUGCAUCUCCAAAAAGAAGAAAAACAAAGAAGGCAACCUCAACGCCCGGCAAGGAACUCACAUGGUUAACGCCCAGCCUGUGUGCUACGACCUCGAAGACACCGAUAAGUGCUACGACCUACAUGCCGUGAGUGGGCGACAACCCUGUCCUAAAUUCCUCGUUGACGUGAAAGUCGAGGGAAGGCCCCUGAAAUUCGAAGUGGACACGGGCGCCGCAUGUUCUCUCAUCAGUGAGGCUACCUACCACCAAACGUGGCCAUCGAACGCCCCAAAGCUUUCGAGAGAACCCCUAGACUUACGCACCUGGUCAGGGGAAGAACUUAGCACCCUCGGUUCGGCACAAGUUCGUGUGCGUUUCAAGUCAAAGGACUACGUGCUGCCCCUGCUGAUAAUGAAAGGGACUGGGUGCAACCUGCUCGGACGUGACUGGUUUUCAGCACUGAACAUCCGUGUUCACGGAAUAAACCAGGUCGCUGAACCAGGUCAAGAGAUCCAGGAGGUUCUCGCACGCCAUCCUGAUGUAUUUAAGGAAGGUAUCGACGGCUACGUGGGUCCAUUGGUUCACUUGGACUUGGAAGAAGGCGCUACACCCAAGUUUUGCAAGGCACGUCCAGUGCCCCUAGCUUACCAAGAGCCUAUGGAGGAAGAGCUCGACCGCCUGCAAAAACAAGGCAUCCUGGAGCCGACGCAACAUGCCGAAAUGGCCACACCUUUGGUGUGGGUGCGCAAAAAGGAUGGAACAUUUCGCGUUUGUGGGGAUUACAGGAGCACAGUUAACGCGGUGGUCAAGAAGACGGCGUACCCACUGCCGACAACUGCGGAGGUGUUCGCAAGGUUGCGUGGUGGGACGACAUUUUCGACGCUAGACCUGUACCAGGCCUAUCAGCAGCUAAGAGUGGACGACGAGACAGCCGCAUUGCUCACCGUCAACACCACCAAAGGACUGUUCAAACGGAAGCGCCGCCGCCGCAUGAUCUGCCCACAACGCCCAACUCCGAGCAUAGCGAAGCUGAGGCCGGGCUGGACACUUGUGCGACGCAAGCUCGCGAUGACCAACCCAGCGGGUCCGCGCAGCACCAAACUGCACCGAGGCCCCAACGUGAUCGGCGUCCACCUGACCGAUACGGUGACCCCGUCUAAGGGGUAA